AGCUGAAGAAAUUUCAUUCUAUCUAGCAUAUUAAUGUUAGGUGUGCAUGUAAUUGUUAGUUUUUAUACUAAUUUGUUUUCAAAUAUUAAUAUCACUUUUAGAAUCCGCGACAAUGAAUUUCGCUUAUCUCAUUGUAUUAGUGGCACUCGUAGUAGCCUAUUCCCAAGCAGCUACUUUCACUAUCAACAACAAAGAUCAGGGACCGAUUUGGAUCGGUAUCCAAGGAAAUCCUGGUAACGAAAAUUUGGCUAACGGUGGAUUUAAGCUCCCUCAAGGGGAAACGCGAUCAGUUGACUCCGCUGACAAUUGGCAGGGCCGAUUCUGGAGCCGGACGUAUUGCAAUGAUGACAGUAAUCACUGCUUAACUGGUGAUUGUGGUAACGUAGUAGAGUGUAAUGGGGCUGGCGGUGCUCCCCCAGUUACCCUAGUUGAAAUCACACUUAAAGGCUACGGCGAUUUGGAUAAUUACGAUAUCUCAUUGGUCGAUGGGUACAACACUGAGGCGUCAAUAGAACCUGUUAACGGUCAAGGGGACGACAGCCAGUACAGCUGCAAAAAAGCUCAAUGUGGAACCCAAAUCAACGAUAUCUGUCCAGCCGAACUUCAAGUAAAAAAUGACGAUGGUACUGUCAUUGCCUGCAACUCAGCUUGUAACGCUUUCCAUACUGACGAAUAUUGUUGCACUGGAUCUCACAGUACUGCUGAUACAUGCAAAAGCUCCGAUUGGCCCACCAAUUAUCCAGCCACGUUCAAACAGGCCUGUCCUGACGCUUACAGCUACGCUUAUGAUGACAACAAAAGUCUGUUCACUUGUAAAGCCAGCGAGUAUAUUAUUAAUUUUGGAGGGGUGUAAAAUACAUAAUAUUAUGAUUAAUAUACGAUGAGUUUUCUCAAAUAUAA